UAUAUUUAGCGUCACUUCCACCUUGGAAACCACAGCGUGUGAUAAUUUUACUUUGGUUUGUGGUGUUAUUGUUUUACAAAAUAAAAAAUAAAUAAAGUAAUUGCUAUAAUAUACAUCCUUAAGGAAAUAUUACACGUUAAAAUAAAUUAUGUUGUAUUGUAUGAGUCUUGAACACUUUGAGAAGCAGGAUGUAAACAAAUGCCCUGUUUAUUUUUUCGGACAGAAUGUACAUUCGGAUAUUUGGUUACAUUAUCAUUAUCAUCAUUCAUUGUAUUAUUUAUUCUUUCCAAUGUUGGUGAUGUUUUAGUGCAUUAUUGUUUUCCAACCCCAACCUUUUCUAUGCUCUGCAUCCCUAUGCUUUUUUCUUACUUAUUCUCUCACUCCUAACGAAUUGUUUAACUAAGUCUCGCAUCCCCCUAAUUAAUGUUCAAAUAACAAACAUUUCAAACAAUCAUUCAAUCACUAUUUAGUAAUUUAGUAAAGUUAAAAAUAAAAAUAUAAAAAAGGAAUUACUAUUUUUAUAUUAUUAACAGUCAAUUAACACUAGUAAUACUAAAUUUAAACUAAUACUCUACUAAGCUAAAACUAUGAAAAUGUAUAUUAUUAUUAUGUAUGAGGCUUUUGACAAUCAUACAAUGCUGUACAAUUUACAAUAGUAGUAAUGAAAUGUAACUGGAUUUUUAAAAUAAAUUAAUUAAUGAUAAUAUUAAUGGCUAACAAUGGCACGGGGCUACCAAAAAAAUGGACUUAUUUUUUAUUAUUUUUAUUGUAUUGAAAAAGAGAACUACAGACUGUUGAGCUUUAAAAAAAUGCAAAAGGUAAAUAGUUAGAGACAUCACAUAGGCUAUACUAUGACAUUGGACAGGUAACAUGUUAAUGUAAAAAAAAUAUAGUAUAGUAACUUAAAAGUAAAAAUGACUCCUCUCUUGACUCUUUUAUUCUGGUGAUCUUUUCCUCACAUUUGCAGCAUAUAACUUAGUCAAGUAUAAUCAUUAGUUGACAUGCUCAAAUAAAUUAGCAGCGAGAGAGCUUUUAGAAGUAGAAGUGCUAGACUUUCUUUGGGAACUUGUCUUCAUUAAUUUCAUAGCCAUUGGUCAUUAUUCGAUAUCCAUCUGGAACAGGAAACAUUAUCCUGGGUUAAGUCAAAGUAGUGAUCAAAUGUACAUUUUUCCAUAGUCAGUUCAUCUGACUGACUGGGCUAUUCUUAUGGAUCCUUCAGGUCGUUGUCCUCUUUUGGGCAUCCUUGCCUAUGAGGUCACCUGGCAUCUGGUGUUUAUUUUUAUGUAACAGUGAAUAUGACAUGAGAAAGCAAAUGUCAGUGUGACUCCGAGAUCUGAAUAGUUCAAUCACGAAGAUGAACAUACAGUAUCUAGUAGUAGUAGUGUAGGCCUACAUUAGUAUUUUAUAACCCUCUUAGGCCUAGUUCUACUAGUAAUAAUAUUCUUAGUCAUGGUUUAGUAGCAUAUUAGCCUAAAUAGGUCUUAUUAUUAAUUAUAUUUUUUUAGACCUACAAAAGUCAUUGUACGCUAGGCACACUCAUCAUAACUGGUAAUACAAGUAUUACUGCUUUAAUAGUAUUUUAAGUAGGGUAGGUAGAUUUAAAUACCGUAUUUAUUGGCGUAUAACAUGCCCCCACUUAUAACACGCACCUCAAUUUAAGAAGGAAAUUUCAGGGAAAAAAACUAAACAUUUUAUCGGCAUAUAACACGUACACAUCAUUUACCCCCUAUUUUCAGGGAGAAAAGUGCGUGUUAUACGCCAAUAAAUAUGGUAUUUAAUAAUAUAUAUAGUAGGCUUAUCCCCAAUAUACCAGCAGUUUCACUUUAUUCAAUAUUCUUAAUAUUAAUAUGACCAUUUCAAUAAAACUUUCACAGUCAGAAGACUAUUUUUUUAAUUAAAGGCUUUCUUUCUACGCACAUUUCAAUCUUGACAGAAAAUCAUAAUUUAUUUGUUGACACAUGUGACACUUUCUCUGUCUGUCGAUUCAGUUUUCCUUUUGCAGUAAUAGACUGGUUAACGGUGCAAGAAGGUUGGGUAGAGGAGCAAGUGAGCUCUGAUAAGGCUUGUUUGAUGGAGGUGGGUUAACACCUCCCUAAAAUUAUUAUGGUUUAUGGCAUCUGCUUCAUGAGUGAAUGGCCUGAGAAAGUUGGAUAGUGGUAACUCAGAUCUACCUUUUAGUCUUAUGCCAAGGCCACGUUAAAGUUACAGAUGUCACUUUAACUGGGAUUUUGCAAAUUAUCUUAUACCUUGAUGUGAAUGAUUUUUCUGGUUUCUGGUUCCUCUGUUAGCUAUUACAUUGACAUUAGCCUUGGUGAGAUCAAUCAGCCCUCGAAGACUCAAUUCUACCACCACUUGUCAAUUCAAAGUAACUUUGCAGAUGUGGUGCCGCUUACCAUGGUGGUAAUCAGAUAAUAGUUUCCUGGUCUUUUUCUUUACGCAGUUAUUGUCAUAAUAAUGUUUAACCCUUACUCCCUCUAAACCUAAUUGUAGCUCUAUAUUUGUGAUUUACCAAAAAUUGAUAAAUACAGUAGGUUUUCAUUUCCAAAGCUGAAACUUUAUUUUCAAAAGGCAGACAUUUAACGCCAUCUGAUCUAUAUUGCAGGCUGAACAAUCAGUAAUAUGCCUAUUUGCUUAUGGUUGUAACCCAACAGAUAAUCUUCAUUAAAUCUGUAUCCGAUUACAGCAGUAAUAUUUUAUAUGUUUAUAAAUAAAAGAAAUGAGGCUCCCAAAUUGUAAAGUAAUUGCAAUUUCUCAAAGAACUAACUUUCUCUCAUUUUCAUGUAAAAUUUAAAAAUUGUUUAAUUUUUUUGUACUUACAUGCAGCAUUAAAUAUAGAAUGAAAUAGUUAACUUAACUUGCUUAAGUUGUUGUAUUAGUGUGUAAUUUAAUUUUGCUAUAAUUAUUAAAAUCAGCCAUUGGUAAUAGUAUUAUUUAGACUUAAAGUAUUUUUCUCACAUGCCAUUUAUGCACUCCCAUUACAGCACUAUGUAAUUUAUGAUAAUAAUAAUAAUAAAAAAACUACCAUAGUUUUUCAUUAAGACAAAAACUAUAUUAGAUACAGAAUCCAAAUGAUUGUAUAUUUUUAUAACAGAUUGAAUUCCUUGACUUAAAUCAAUGGUGAAAAAAAUACAUAUUUUUUUUUAUUGCAGUUAAAAUGACUUCAAAUUUUCACAUAGAGGGUCAAAGCACCAAAAAAUACGAUAUACCGUUAUCUCACAUGGAGUAUAGCUACAUUGAAAAAUGCAGCAAUGUAAAAGAACUGGAAAAAAUAUAUCGAGUUUUAAGGUAAACAUUGCCCUUAAUUUGCUAUACUGUUGAUAUUAUGAAAUAGAUAAAUGACAGGUCCUAUUGUCAACCUUUUGGUCAACCUUUUGAAGCAGAUAUCUUAAAAAUAUUUUAAAUUUCAUAUUCAAUUAGAUCAGGAGAUGAGGGCAAAUUCCCAGAUCUUGAAAAAUUUACAGAGAACAGAAUCCAGGCGCUUAAUCCAAAGAGGUGGGUUACGAGUAUAGAUUGCUACGCAGUUUUGGAACACUGACACCACAUGGCAUGACGAGACUUUUUACAUGAUAACACAUUUUCUCCCUCCCUUUAUUUCUACAUCCAAUUCUCUUGCACUUCCUUUUAUUUUAUUUCCUUACCCAUAACUCCUAUCAUAAAAUAAACAGCAAAUGAGCUAACUUUAUUUUCUUUACUUUUUAAUUUUAAAUUUCUACUUGUCAUCAUUUGUUGUUUGCUGAAAUAAAGAUGCAACAGCUUAAGUUGAACAUGGGGACCGUUUUUAAGGAGAAAUCUUAUUUUGCUUUUUAAUUUUAAAAUAAUUCACAUAAAACAAAUAACUUUGUCUUUCAGUCGUGUUUUGAGACAUGAAGGUCCUAUUCUGCGACCUGGUGAUCUUAGUAGUGGUGACUGGAAUCAAAUUGAUGAAGACCUCAAGGUAUGUUGAAAAAUUUACAGUUCUAAGUUAUUUCUUUUAGUGAAUUUAUGGGAUACUAAAUUUUUUUUUUUUAAAGUGUAUGUAGACAGAUUAAUAUAAUUAUGUUUAGCACAAUUUUUAAAUACUAUGGAUUUAUUCUUAGAUUUGGACAACUACAAUGAAUGAGAAAGAAAAAAAAAAGUCGGGAAGCGUUUCCCAAGGACCAGAUGAUAUUUUGGAAGGAGAUGAAAAUCUCCCCCCUGUUCGCUCAAACAACACUGUAUUAGAGGGGAAAAAGGUAAGCUAUUUGAAUUAUAUUACAUGAAAUAAUAAUUUUUUUAAAUGUACUUUUAAACUAAGUGGUGCAUGCCUUAUUCACUGUGUCCAUAUACCUUAUAAACUUUAUUCUAUAUAAUGUGUUAACUUCAGACAGUUGUUAAUAUUUAACCGCAGUUAAGCUCAUCCAUAAAUGGCUGUAAAUUAUAAAUUUUAAUAAAAUUAACAUAAUCUAUUUUUUAAACAAGAAAGCAUUUGUUUUUUCAAUAGAUCUUGCUUAUUGUUUAGCCAAUAUGGUGGAAAUUAGUAUGAUCAUAGAGAAUUUUACAUUUUUGAAAUUUAAAUUAAUUGGAAUCUUUUGUGUUUCAGCAAAAAAAAAAUUCAGAUAGCAAAAAAACAAAGGUCAUGCCCAGAGAUUACAGAGAAUGGGACAAGUAAAUUAAACUUUUUAUUCUAAAAGUAAUUUGCAAGGUGGAGUUAAAUAAAAUGUGCAAAAAGUAUGUGGGGGGGGGCGGGGGCGGAAUAAACACUAAAGUUAUUGCAAAACUUUAAAAAAGAGGGAGCACAGCAACAAAAUUAUAAAGAGAACGUCUUCAAUAGUGGACAAAAAUAAAGCAAAAGAGAGAUUGGAAAAAGUAAUCAAUAAAAUAAAAUGAAUUUGGUUGUGUAGGCUUGCAUUUUUGACCAGCUUAGUGAAAUUACUUGAUUAUUGAUUUAAGUUUAGCUAGCUAUCUAUUUUGAAAAAAAAUGAUUGAGAACUUCAGAUGUUUCUAAAAAGAUAUUCUGUUAAGAAAAUAGUAGCACCAAAUGUUUUAUAUAAAAAAAUACUUUAACCAAGAAAAUUUGGCCUAAAUGAGGAAAUCAGUAAUUAAAAACAAAGGAAACAUAUUUCAGGAUUGACAUUGAUGCUGAACUAAGCAAAAUAGAUUCUGAUGAAAACAAGAAAACACCUACCAACAAGACUAAGAUCAAUGGGGUCAAUAUUAAUAUUGAAACUGCAGGUUUGCACUUUUUUUAUUACCUGCUGACAACAGCCAAAUAACAUUUUUUGCUGUGAGCGAAAUGAAUAACCACCAGGAGACGAUUCACAAGGAACAUUUUCAGAAAUCUUAUACAAAAUUUUCAUAUAUAUAUAUAUAUAUAUAUAAUAUAAUAUUUAAAAAAUUAUAUGUUAAUUAAAAUAGUAAAAGCAACAUAUUUCAGCUCACAUUAUCAUUAACCUUAUUGCGGACCAAAUUAUGUUAUGCUACAGUUACUCUCAUCACUUUGGCAAAUAUUAUUGAUAUAUGUAAUUCAAACUAUCUCUUCAUAUUCAGGUCUGAGCCAGGAAGAAAAAGAACUGAAGGCAAAUAGAGAGAAAGAUAAAGGCAAUGAGGUAAGCAGUUGUUUUAUAAUGAUCUUAAUAAUCUAAAACAAAAGUAAUAGUUAUCAUUAAUUAUUACAAUACAUGCUUUGUUGGUCAUUACAGGCAUUUCGAGCUAAAGAAUUUGAAGAAUCAGUUACCUAUUACUCAAGAAGCAUUACUCUUAUCCCCACAGCAGCUUCGUACAACAACAGAGCAUUGGCAUGUGAGUUUAUUUCAAAAUUGUUUGGUUUAGAAAUACUGUAUGUACUCAUUCUAAAGCCUGUUCUUUCAUAAACCAACAACUCACUCAUAAGCGGACCCCAUAAAAAAUAAUAUGCUAGUAUAAGCAAUACAGUUAUAAAGAAAGCUAUUAAUUUUUUUUUAAAAAUCUAUUCGCCUCUUAUUCCCCUGAAUAUUUCUAAAAAAAAAUUAAGUGGAUCUGUUGAGUAUAUACAGUAAUAACAAUCAUAGCUCUCUUUUAAACAUUUAUAUUAAUUUAAUGAUGCUAUUAUAACAUUCUGAUUCUAUUUAAUUGUUUGCUCAAAUUACUCCUGUAUUGCAGACCUAAAACUUGAGAAAUGGGACAAAGCUAUUAUGGAUUGUGACAGUGUUCUCAAUCUAGAAGCUGACAACAUAAAAGGUCAGAGUGAUAAUCAUCAUUUGUUUCAUUUAAAAAGAGUUUCAUCUGCUGAUUUGUAUUAUUCUAAUAAAUGAAAUUACUAUUAAAGUGUUAUUCUUGAAAAAUUUAUUUCGGUAUUUUUCUAAUUUUAUAUUUUAUCUAUUUUAUGAUUGUGAUAACUGAUUGUACCAUUGUUGCAGCUUUGUUAAGAAGAGGAACAGCCUACAAAAGUAAGAAGAGCUAUACAAAUGCUGUCUCUGAUUUUGAAAAAGUGCUUAAAAUGGAAGCAAACAAUAAGACAGCUGAGGUGAGUUUAACAAUGUUACUACUGCUGAUUAGUUUAAUUAAUCUCUAUCACUAUUAAGCACAUUCAUCUUUUGUUGGAAACGUUUUGUUCUUUGUCGCAGAAUGGAUGUUACUUUGGUUUUUGUGGGCCCUGCUUGUGGUCAUGUACCAAGAAUUAGUAGUACUCUAGUGAAUAAUACAGGGGCGCUAUUCUCUGUGUAGAUUUAUAAUCCAGACCUAAAGGCAAUUAAGUAAAUACGCAACACUAAAAAUUGUUUGAACAACUCCUAAGAAGCCGUUGUUGAAUGUUCACUUUCUCUAGGUCUCUCUACAGCUACACCUAUAGCUGUUUCUGUCAUUUCCGGUCUUUUUGGCUAGACUAUAUUACAGACCUGUUUACUCUUAUGAUUUUGGAAUACAAUAUACGAUUUUGAGGUGUAUACAAUUUAUAUAAUGUAUGUUUAUUUUUUUUACGAUUAAGUUCAUGUAAUGAAUGAUUUUGUGAUGAUAUUGUACGAUUUUAAGAGUUUGAGGGUAAACAAGCCUUAUAUUAUGUAAGAAAACUUUUACCUUGUAUUUAGCUGUCAUGAUACUACAAAAAUACCAGACUCCACUCCCAUGGCUAAAACAUUAUUUUAAACCUACGUAUCAAAUUUCAAUUCUGGGUGUUCUAUCCCUUUUACUAAUCAAUAUAACACUGUACAGGAAGUGCAUAGUCAUUUCACAUUUACUUGCAAAUUACCAAAUGCAUUACUUUAAUUCAUACAUGAUGCCUCUAUCACAACCUAUUAGUUUCUACCUGAUGUACCCUUUAUUCCAAGACUGUCAUGUUUUCCCACUACUGGCAUAAACUGCACAAACACCAAUGUCAGCUCCACCAUGCCACUUGUUCUUUUAUUCAGUACUUAUGAAAAUCAUUUUCACAUACCGCCCUAAUCAUUUGGGACUUCGUUAUUUUUCAAUAUCAAAUUCUUUCUUUCUUUUUUUAAGGGCUUGCUUCAAGAAGUUCAAAGAGAAUUGCAAAAGGAAAAAAAGGAAAAAGGAAGACGCAUGGUGAUAGAAGAAGUUGAGGAGGCUGAUGAUAAAACUGAAGAAAAAGAAAUAGAUAAAAACCCAGUUAUUAAUGGUCAUGGGCCAUCAUGUGAUGUUGGUCAAACUGCUUUAGAAAUAAACACCAAGAUGAAAACUGAAGAAACAACAAAUACUUUAAAUGAUUCUGUAUCAGCUUCAGUAUGUCAAGAAUCUCAGGAAAAGGCUUCAGAUUCUGAAGAUAAAUCCACAACAUGUAGACUUGCCACAGAGUCACAGACAUGUGAACAAUCUUGCAGUGAAUUAAAAGACAAUACCACAUUAUGUUCAAAUACAUCUUCAGAAGUGCCUUAUGUUGUUACCUCUACUUCUGAGGAAAAUAAUGCCUUAUCUUCCACAAAUGCAUCAGAAACACUGGUUUUACAGUCAUCUUCCAAAGUGUCUUUCAGUCUUGAGGAGACUUCAGAGUCCUCUCAAGCAGCACAAGAGGCAGCACAACAAAUGAAAUUUAACAAUGCUCAUAGCAAUCAGUUCACUCGUCCUCAUUAUGUUCAGUUUCCACUGCCAUCUGACAUCCAACAGUUAAAAGAGAAUGGGAAUACAUUCUUCCGUAGUGGGCAGUAUGGUGAUGCUAUAGAGCAGUAUUCUAAAGCUAUUAAAAAACUUGAGAAAGGUAUAAUAUAUGAUGUUAGUAUGUGGGUUUUCUUUAAUUUAAGGAUUCUCAAAUAAUGCUCCCUGUUAAUAAAUUUCAUUUAUUGUCCAUCUUUGAAAUAAAAAAAACAACAUACAACAUAAUCUUUAACGAUCUGCAUGUAAGUUAAAAGAAAUUUCUGGUAUCUAUUAUUUAGUCAUAGUACUGCUGCUACUGUAAAUUUAUUUGAGGGGUUUCAAUAUCAUUUACUGGGGAAAAUAAAAUUAGUAUUACUUUGCCAGUUUUGAUUAGCUAGGUUAAGGAACUAAGCAAGAUUGUGAUGAAAAAGUAACAUUUGUUUACAGUGAUUAAAUGUUAAAGUCUAGAAACUUACAUUCCAUGACAUAGCUUACGGUUCGUUAAGUUAUUUGAAGAACUGAUACAGCGAUUGCUGUAAAAAAUAAAUAUUUAAAAUUAAGAUUGCUUCAUCAAUGGACAUUUCACUAUUUAGUUAAAAUUAUGAUAAAUUGCAUAAAUAAAAUGACUUUUUUUAUCAUCUAAUUGCAGAACCAGAUCAGAAUGUGAAUCUCUCUGUGCUGCUGAGUAACCAAGCAGCUUGUUAUCUCAAGACUGGCAACUGCAGUCAAGCUGUAUCAGAAUGUAGCCGAUCUUUGGAGCUUGUGCCCCAUAGUGCAAAAGCCCUGCUUCGUCGGGCAACUGCUUAUGAACACUUGGAGAAGUAAGUUUAUCAUGACUGUUAGAUGAACAUAUAUUUAUUGAAUGCUAACAUAUAUUUAUAUAUUUAGCUUUCAGAAUUUAACUACCAGCUGAUGUUUGUAGUAUCAGUUUGCUAGUUUUGAAAAUGUAAUUAUAUCAUAAUGGAAAUAAUACAUUAUUUAAAUUAAAUAAUUUUAACAAAUGUACAACUAUUUUGUCUGACAGGUAUGCUGAUGCAUAUAUUGAUUACAAACAUGUGAUAAGUAUUGACAAAACAGCUGAUCAAGCUCAUCAAGGGGCAGCAAGGUAGAAAGUUCUGUUAAGUUUAAAUGUUAAAAUCAUUUUGGUAACCACUUAGAAACAUUCAGUACCUACUGAGCUAUUUUUUGUUUGUUUUGAGAAAUCACUUUUAAAAUUAAAAUAUGUGGUGAAAAUAAGUAAAUAUAUUUGAGCGCUUAUAUUUAAUAUUCAAAUUAUUUCAUCAGGGUGAAUCUGGAAAGGCUAUUGAGCAAAAGUGUUAAGUGUGAGAGACAUUAAUGGUUAUGGAUGAUCAGUCUGUUAACUUCUAAUUUGACCAUUGAUAAAAAUUAGGAAAGUUGGACAUUUAAUGUUUAGUAAUCAGAAAUAAAAAAGCUAGCUCCAUUUUGAUAUACAAGAACUUUAAAGGGUAUUAAAUUUCGUUUAAAGAUAACAAAAACCCCCCACGAUUUUUCAUUGUUUUUAAAAGUCAAUGAGACCUGAUGCUUAAACAAAAAAUUCAGUAAAUGUGUGCAUAAUCUCCCAAUCAGAUGUCAGUCAGUUCUUCAGAAAAACUUGGGACCAAAGUGGCGUCAGAAUAUUCCAUCUUUGGUGUUUGUCCAGCCUUGGGAAAUACCACUCAUUGUUGACCAAGGUGGCAUGCAUGAAUCUCUAUCUUCUUCAACAUCAUUGGCUGAUAAAGAUGGUAAGUAUAAUAACAUAAAUGGAUUUCUAAAAUAUUUUUAGUGUGAGUGCUUUUAAUUUGAAGUUUUAUUUUUAGGCGCUUAUGGUCAUUUGCUGACAUCAUUUGGCAGAAGAAUAAAUCACUGUAGGAAAAGUUGUCAAAUGAUUGUUUACUAGCAAGCAGCUUUGUUUGAGUAAUGCAUAAACUUAUGUAGCAUUGCAUAAAUCAUUAAAUAGAAAAUGCAGAGUAAGUUUUUGCUUUAAAUCUCGACAAUUUAAAUUAUUGUGACCUCGAUAUGAUUAUUACUACAAAAUUAUCAGUUCCACCAGAAAGAGCAAAAGAUAAUGUAAAAUAAAAGUUUAUACUUGAAAGUGUUGUGCAUUGUGCAAUCCACAUAUCAUCUGCAGCCACCUCUUUUACUGGAUUUUCUAGGCUGAUGUUUAAUUUUUUUUCUGAGGUCUUUUAGAGAGAAAAAACAGUGAUGUCCAUGACAUCACCUCUCCUGUUAGGUAGUGGUGACUGUCCAGAUGUAUCAGAUGCUUGGAUGUGACCAUCUGUCAACGCCGUUGGCAGUUGCUUUUUCGUCACCUUACCAUUUCGCCUUUAUUGACAAAUAUAAAAUUAUUGAAAGUUAAAAAGUAAUCCUGUAAAUUUAGAUGUGAUUAAAACAAUUUUGAAGAUUCAAGAACUUAAAUGUAUUGAGUUUAAAGAAAUCUUUCUAUAUCAUCUCCCAUAUACUAAAAGGGCCACAUAAAACCAGUAUGUCUUUGUGGAAUCAGAUGUGAUUUGUAGUCGUGAUCCCUGUUUACAUGGAUGGUUGUGCAAAAUAUAGUGUAUAUUCAAGAGUUGGAUUACAAGUUAGAUUAGUUAAGGUGGUUUAGGAGAGCAUCCUUUUUAUAGUGCUAAAAAUAUAAAUUAAAUUAUUAAUUUUUUUAGUCUAUAGCAAUAUAUCCACUAAGACGAUUAUGAAGAACUAACAAACAACCUAAAAACAAAAACUCAUGAACAUUUUUUACGUUUACAUAGAUAGAUGGUUUACAUAGAUAGAUGUUCUUGAAACCUCUACAUUUUUAUAAUCACCUGUGUAUUUAAAUACGGUAUAGCUUUUUUCUUUAGAUUUUUUUUCUUUAUCAACAUCAUUGAAACAGCCAGAAGGCAAAUGGCCCAGCUGCGAAAUGGCCCCAGGGCAAAACAGUGUCAGCAAAUUGUCAUAGAUCCACCAGAUGCUGCCUGAUCCAUAGCAUUUCUAGAUCUUUGAUGAAUUAUGGCAUCUCCUGUGUUAUGGGUGCUUUCAUAAAAGUCCUACUUGUAAUGUCCCUCCCUAUUUUUAAAGAGACCCAUGAGGUGCCACAGAAUGUCCAGUAGUAUUAGAGGACCCUUGAAGGAGGAUGGGUCCUUCUCUAAGAGCAAAGUGUAUAAAACAUGUCAUCUUACACUAACCCAGCUUCUACUCUCCCGUCUGGACUCCCAGUGGCUGGUUGCCACGUGGGUGGCUGGUUGCCACGUGGGUGGCUAAUCGCCAUGUGGAGACACAGGGUAUGCAGCUUCUAGGUGGGAAGAAAAGCCACAGACAAAACCUGUAAAACAACAGUGAUGAAGACAAAAAGAAAUACAUCAGAGCCUGGGCAUAGCCUUGUUUAUCAAGGCCCACAUUGCUUGGCAGAACCCAGGACCAGAUUUAAAACAUAUGCUACUAGGAAAAACAUAAACACACAUUAAAAUAUCCUGCAAAUCAGCAACUGCAGGAUAUAGAAAAAAAUAAAAUAGGUGGCCAACCUCCUGCACAUGAAACAAGUACAUAUAGAACUACUACAAGAAACUUUACACCACAACACAGAUUACAGGGUAUACUCAUUACAUUUGCAAGCACCGUGACUUUAGGGGCAUCAUCAACUACAUAAGAAAUAACAUCCAAGGUGAGGUUGAGGCAAUCCCUACAGUUCAGAUCACAGAUACUGGUAUCCAAAAUGUUACUGUAUUGUACCAUGGACAAAAAUAUACAUUCUUCAUCGGGUACAACCCGCCAACAAAAAUAACUGCAACUUACCCCACCAAGAGAGAACACAAAUACUCCAAGACCCUGAUUGCUGGUGAUUUUAAUGGUCUCUCCCCUCAGUGGGGAUACCAAAAUGACAACAACAACGGAAAGGCAAUAGAUGUACCGUACUUAAACUCUUAAAAACCUAUUCACUAUAUAGAACAGUCAACACACACUCUUCUCCACAGAGAUUAUAACACACUCAGCAGACCUGAUCUAACCUUAGUCUGUUCAGACUGAAAACAGAUAUACAACUGUGAGGUGUUUGUUGGCAUAUGUAGCGAUCACAGACUCAUUCUCACAACACUAACACCAUCAAAAGAAUUUUUAAUGGUCCCAUCUAAGUAACAUCUGUGGUAGACCUAGGACAUGGUCCCUUCUAACUUAAGUGACAUCUGUGGUAGACCUAGGACAUGGUCCCCCCUUCUAAGAAUCAUCUGUGGUUAAUCAUGGAAAUCCAAACCAAAACCAUUGUACUGUGUACUUAAUUAAAAAAAUAGGGGAAGAUCAAAAGAAAGAAAUUCUUUAACAAACACUUAGCCUCAAUAAACAAAGCAAACAAGAAGACAAUGACCAAUCCCUAAUAAUGAACUUAAGUCCAAAGAGAGAGCUCCGCAUUGACCAUUUUGAAGAAAUCUUCACACAAAUUGAGCUCAACAUAGCUAUGAAAAAACUGAAAUCUUGCAAAGAAUCAGGACCAGAUAAAAUCUAUAAGGAAAUGCUAGUAAAUUUGGACUAGCACCCUCAAUAAACACCAAGCUGGCAUCAGAGCAGGGCAGUGUACUGAGGCUCGACUCUUCCUCCUGAACAAAAGAAUCUUGAAUGGCUUCCAAGACAAAAAACAAAACUCAGCAAUCUUUGUUGUCCUCCAGGAGGCCCAUGAUGGAUUCGGGCGGAAGUAAAGUUAGUUAAACAUUGCAGAGAUUCCUGGAGCAAGCAAAACAGGGAGCAUCCAAUGGUCCAAUGAACAGCCAGACAUACCUACAUCACUCAACACAGCCAAACAUACCUACAUCACUCAACACAGCCAAACAUACCUACAUCACUCAACACAGCCAAACAUACCUAUAUCACUCAACACAGCCAGACAUACCUACAUCACUCAACACAGCCAAACAUACCUACAUCACUCAACACAGCCAAACAUACCUACAUCACUCAACAUAGCAAGACAUACCUACAUCACUCAACAGAGCCAAACAUACCUACAUCACUCAACACAGCCAAACAUACCUACAUCACUCAACAGAGCCAAACAUAUCUACAUCACUCAACACAGCCAGACAUACCUACAUCACUCAACACAGCCAAACAUACCUACAUCACUCAACACAGCCAAACAUACCUACAUCACUCAACACAGCCAAACAUACCUACAUCACUCAACACAGCCAAACAUACCUACAUCACUCAACACAGCCAAAUAUACCUACAUCACUCAACACAGCCAAACAUACCUACAUCACUCAACAGAGCCAAGCAUAUCUACAUCACUCAACAGAGCUAAUAAGAAAGGAGUGUUUAAAUAGAUGGGCUAAGUAAGGGCUCAACAGGAAGAUAUGUUUUCACACAUGUGCCCAGUCCAGACCCCAAAGAUCCAAAGACAUGAACAGGUCAUAAUCUUUCGCCUGUGCACAGGAUACAUGCAACUAAAUUCUCACCUUAACCGCAUAAAGCCUGAUAAAACGCCAACGUGCCCCCUCUGCAGACAUCCAUGAGACAGUAACCCAUCAUCCCUUCCACUGCCCAACACUUAAGGACUUACACCUAAAUGACCUACCAAAACACCAGACUACACCAACACCCUAUAUUUAAUCAAAGAAAAGCUGAGGUGAGUGUGUAAAUUCUUCACCAUGGCUGCAGGCCGAAGAUCGAAUGGCCACUGCAUCUGAAUGAUGGUGAUGAUUUCAGGUCUUUUCUCUUACGGUCUUGCUUCCUCUUGCCUUAGGUGGCAUCCAAGUAUAUAGCAGUUAGGUGUUUGAGCUGUUGUGGCAGAUGCAGGUUUUUCCCUGCAGAGCUCAUUGUGUAAACAACAGUUGUUUGAGAUUUUGUUGUCCACUCUUUAUUAUGACUUGUCUCUUCCAUAUGUUGUGGUAGGUUUAACCAAAAAUAAAAAAUGUCAAUGCAGCUGAUAAUGACUUUUAAAAAAUAGAUUUAGUUGUGUGCCCUAGCAUCAUAAAAGAUUCAAUAACCACUUGAUUUGUUAUCUUAAUGAAUAACUGAAACAUUUUAUAAUUAUUUUUGCUUUUCACAUCUGAAGAAAAAAAUCUAGCAAAGGAACAGUAACCUUGAACAUUGCAUCUAAAAAUAAAUAGUGAAUUUAAAGUAGCCCAAAGUUUGAUUAUUGUACAGUUUUUUUGUUGUUUCAAUUUGUAUAGGUGAUUCUGCACAGAAAAGUUUACCCAGUGCAGCACAUGAACAAAGUGUAACUUCCACUAUCCAGAAUAAUGAACAUUCAAAAACAAACUCUACUGCUGGUGAAGGGGUUGUGCCACCAGAGAAUGAUUCAGUAGUAAAGUCAUUAGAACAAAAUUGUGCAGCUCCUGAAUUAAGUAAAGAACAGGAAUGUGAAGAGUUAAAGACACUUGGGAAUCAGCAUGUUCAAAAGGUACCAUGAUUUUUCAACAUUUUUUUUAUAUGGUGCAGGUACAUAAAGUCUCUAUCAAGCAAUUUAUUGUGCUACUGCCAAAUAAAAAACUUCAGGGCAUCAGUUUCAAUGUUAAAAUUCAGAUAGUGUUUGAAUUGUCUGGAACAUUUUUUGCUCUGUAAAUGAUAGGUGACAAAAAUGAUUGCAUGAGCAUCCACAGGACCGAAAGAUGAUUAAAGAGAUACGAUUAAGUAAAAGAAUGAGAAGCAGUGUAGGACUGUACUAUUUUUUGAAGUUAUUUUUGUGGGUUCUACAUUAAUGUCUGCCUUGUAAAUUUUUUUUCUUUAGUGUGUGUUCAAUCCAUCUCUCAUCCCUUUUCGUGACGUUACACUUAAUUAUUCAUGUUUGAUAUCUAUUUAGGGGCAAUAUCAAGAAGCAGUGAAGUGCUACAGUUCAAGUAUUACUUUGUGCCCAGAUCAAAUUGCUUGUUACACAAAUAGGGCCUUGUGUUUCCUCAAGCUCCAAAUGGUAUGACACUUUUUCUAUAAAGUCAUACAAAUAUAUUAACAGCUAGGGAUAACUGCAAGCUUCCCAUCACAAAAUUAUUUUUUUACCACACAGUCAACAAAGUUAUAGUAAUGCUUAUUUGAAUGGUUACAAAUUGUUUCAUUAAUAUUUAUUGAACAAUAUGAAGAGAAAAAUGGGACCACUCAGAAAAUCGAGGCAAUGAGGAUACACAUUUUUUUUUCGUGUAACUAGUGCUUGGGUAAAGAGCAAAUAAUAUUUUUAAUGAGCUUUUUGUAUGACAUUGUUGGCUCUUUAAGAAAAAGAAUAAUUUUAAAAAAUUGUUAGUAAUAAAAUAUGAGUAUUCAAACUUGUAUGUAUUAAGUUCUAAAAGAUUCCAGUAUCAUGAUUUUUGUCAAAUUAAAUUCAUUCACCUUAAGUUUGACAGAGUAUUUUUUUAAUCUCUAGGCUGCAGAAGCAGCAGCUGACUGUGAUAAAGCCCUUAACAUCCAAGCUGAUAAUCCUAAAGCAUUAUAUAGACGAGCACUUGCACGAAAGGUAUGUGGCUAUAGUUAAGUGCACAUAGAUUUGAAUGCACUUAUGUAUAUGGUCUCAUUGAUAUGUAAAUGAGGUUGUAGCCUAAUAACAUUCAUUUGCAUUUAAACUAAAUACAUUCAUUUUGCAGGCCAUACAAUAUGGCACUUGUAUAUUAAAUAAUGUAGCAUAAAUUAAGAUAACUAUUUUUUUUUCAGAUGCUUCUGCAAUAUAAAGCAAGUCUCCAAGAUCUCAUAGAACUUCUUAAAUUAGAGCCAAAGAAUUCUGCAGCCCAGAAAGAAAUGAAUACUGUCAAACAAAUUUACAAAGAAGUAUGCUCUUUUUCAUUAUCUUUGACCAAAAAAACAGUCAGAUGGGAUCCGGUUUUUAAAAAAAAUGCCUUUGGAUUAAAUGAAAUUUAAUUAUGCAUCUUAUCAUGUAUGUUCAGUGGUUCUUUGUAAAUAUUAAUUGUGAAUUUUAUAUCAUUACAAACAUCAGUAUUCCUCAAUCAGCCCUAGGAAAGCUUCAACUUUGGUAUUUUUGUUUUGAAUUUCUCCUUUUAAUCAGAAACCAAAUAUGUUUUUGUAAAAAAAAGAAAAGGCAGUAAGGAUUUGGUCCUCAGUCAUUAGCAGUUAAUUCAUUUAAUCAUUUUCAAGUUUCACUUAUAGAUUUUGUCUCCCCCCCCCCCCAAGGAACUUGAGAAAUUGAGAGCUAAAAAGUCAACCUCAACCAUUGAGCAAGAGACUAAAGUAAGGAAAAGGAUGAAAAUUGAAGAAGUUGAGGACGAUGAUGAGGAAGAAAAACCAAGAGGAAAGACCGCAGGUAAGGAAGGUUAUUUCUUGUAAAUAUAACAAUCAGUUUAUGAUCACUAAAGGUUUCUAGGUUUAAACUGUAAAAUGAAUGCAUUUAUUAUGACAUUAUCACUGAACAUAUGAGUAGCUUUAAUUUCAAAGAUUCUUUGUAUAUUCCUGUUUUGUGCAUUGUAACCUUGCUAUUGUCCUUUGCAAACAUAUUAUGAUGCUCAUCAGAAUUAAAACAAUGAGUAUUUCAUACUAGUGUUAAGUUUGAUUGCCACUAGUGAUCAGGCUAGGAUGGGGGUUGUAUGGAGCAGACUAGUGUACAUUUUGGCGUACAAUGUACGAUUUUGAGGUGUAUACAUUAUAUAUACUGUAUGUUUAUUUUUUACUAUUAAGAUAAUGUAUUGAGCGAUUUUGUGAAGAUGUUGUAAGAUUUCAAGAGUUUGAGGAUAAACAGGUCUGAUAGAGUAUGAUUAACUUCAUUUCAGAAAGCAUCAUAUUUAAAAUACCAAACAAUAAAAUGUUUCAAUGUUACAUGAAAGAAAACCAAAACAAAUAAUUUGGGUUAAGAUUUUUCCUUUUUUGAAUAGGCUAAUCUCCUUAUUGCCUUAGACUGAUAAGUAUUUCAAGAUGUUUGUUUUGUCAAAUAUGUAGGAAAUUCUUAAAUUCUCUAAUUGUGAAAUCCAACUUUAUAAUCUUGUUUUGGUUUCUCAUGUAGAUUUCUAGUAAACUUUUCGUAUCAUAAAUUUUUCUGGCCUUUUUAAGAGUUUAUUCAAUCCCCAGAAAAAGCUAAACUUCAGAGCAAGUCUCGUAAUGUCAAAGUAUCACAACCAUCUUCAGGCAGCAAAUCAAAAAGCAACAAUAAUACAGAGAAAAAGUCUGUUCACACAGAAGAAUGUUCAAGGAAAGGUCAAUCUGUUGCACCCCCAAUUGCCCCACGUUUAAUGAAGACAACACCAUAUGAGUUCUGUCAAGCAUGGAAUUCUUUGAAAUCCUGUCAGGGUAGUCAGCCAUAUGCUGAAAUUUUACGUCAAGUGUCUCCUAUAGACCUACCUAAAGGUAUAUACAUAGAUAUUUAUUUAUUUUAUUUCAUGACUUGCUGAGUAAUAAAUAAAUAGGUAUAAUUUAAUUAAGAAAAUAUUUAAAAUUUUAUUAAAGAUAUCAAAUAUAAUUUUAUUUUCUUUAUUCAUCUCCAGUGAUUAGUAACAAACUAGAUGGACAAAUGUUGCAGAUCAUUGUCAGGUGUGUUUAUGAAGAAAUGGUUUUGAAAGGUGAGAUGUCAUAUUUUUAGCUUCUUUAUUAUUGUAACCAUAGUACAUGUUCCCUCUCACAAACUAUAACAUAUUUGUUGACUGCUUUUAGGAGCAACCAUUUACUCUUGUAAAGUACUUUUGUCAACUCAUCUUACAGCUACAAUCAUCACCUUCAAUAAUUAGGAUUUUGUUUUUGUUGAAAAUUUUAAUUAAAAAACAAUUAUAUUUAUUUUUAAAUUACCUAAUGAGAAAAUCAAACAUUUAAAAGCAUUAUGUUUAGUUAUAGAUCCACAUAUCUAUAUUUCUCACUUUCCUUUUAAGACGCCACUGUUUUUAAAAAAUCAGAUUCAACUUAAAGCUAUUCGGACUGAUUUAACGUUCUCUUUAAUAUUUUUUCAUGAUUUCCUAUAGGAGAAAAUGAUUUAGGGUACCAGAUACUAGAUAAUCUGUGUAAAGUUCCUCGUUUCUCAACUGUCUCAAUGUUUAUGACCAGUAAGGAAAAGAAAGGUAAGUGAGCUAAAUACAAGUAAGAUAAAUAAUGCUUCUUAAUUAGCUCAAGUUUUUCCACAUUAAUUUCAAUAUUUCUACACUUAAGUAAACCUGAAAACUCAGUCACUAUCUGUUUAUAUAAAAUGAUAAAAUGAGCAAUGAAAUUCUAAUAAAUUUCUUUAUUGAAUCAAGAUGUAUAAUGUGCUAAUGAAGGUCAACAAAGGUUUUAGGCUCACUUGAUUUCCCCCUAUUAUUGAUAGGAUGUGGGGGGAAAUGUUUUAUAUACCUAGCACUUUGAAGCUUAAAUAUAUUUAAUAGUAAAUUUAACAUGUACUCAGUCCUGGCACUUUAAAUGAUAUAUAGUUCAGUCUGGGGAAUCCUGUCAUGGUUGGUAUAUAAUUGGUAUAUUUCAAAUAUUAAUUUUCUCAAGUCUGAAAUCGUUCAUUAUUGAAAUUGCAGAUGUUAAUUUUAGUCAGAAAUCACCAAGUGCAGUCACUUACAAGACAUUUUGGUUUAUCAGCCUCCAUUUAUAUAAACAUUUACCAUGUUGUCAACCAUAUUACUUUAUUUAGUGUUACUCAAAACCUGCAAAAUAAAAAAAUGCUAACCACUAAGUUCCAAUAAUUUUUAAUUUAAUCCCCUUAUUAAGUUUAAAAAAAAUUUAAAUGAUAUGAAGCUGGCAAUAAGAGACUUGCAUGUCAAGGUAAAAUGUUAACUAAUGUUAGAGGUAAAAUACAAUGUAGGAAAUAAUUCAAAUGUUCAAAUUCCCAUUUGCAGAAGUAUCGGCUGUACUUGACAUUUUAUCCAAGACUACAUCAAGUGCCUAUACCAGUUCUAAUAUUGUGAGACUAAAGAAGGAGUAUUCUGUUAAAUAGAUAUAGUUGCAAUUACACAAUUUAAGGAAAAAUAAUGAACAUUGAGAGUUAAGAAAAAUAAAGGACUCUUAAAAAAAUUAAAUGCAAAUUAAUAUUUAGUUUUUAAAAGAAGGGAAAUAAUAAAAAAUACUGUUCAACUUUUUUCAUAUCAUUCUUUUUUUCUCUCUGUCUUUUAAUUUUUUAAAUAUUUCUUGUAUAGAAAGGACUAUAAAAAAUCAAUAUAAAAUUGAUUAGUGGUAACAGGAACUUGGCAUGAGAUGGGUGGUGUUAAAACUUCUUAUCACAAAAGGGGUUAAGCCUCUAUUUCAGCAAUCCCUUCUUUAGACUAUUGGUACAUUUUAUUUUCAUUGAAUGUCCUUUAAAAAUAAAAUCUAAGUCUUUAAAGAGAUUUAGCUGUUAAAAACAAGAAUUGUAUAUAUUUAAUUAUUACUAUAACUUGCAUUAAAAUAAUUUUUUGUUUUAUUUUGUGUGUUUUCUGUUUUAAAAAAAGAAUUAUUCAAUUCUCUUUAUUUAAAAAAAAUAAAGGAAAUGCUCAGAAAAAUUCAAUUAGAAUUUGAGCAUUUUAAAAAGGUUAUUAUUUUGUUCAUUACAUUGUUAAUGGUUUGCAAUGCCUACAUUAAAAUUUUUAAAAUUAUUAUUAUUAAAUGGAAGCUGUCAAAAGAAGGUAUUUGAAUGCAUUUAUUUAAAAAAAUUUGUAUUACUGCCAUUUCUUCAGCAAUAUAUUUAAGAAAUUUUCAUCAAAGUCAAAUUUUAUAGUGUUAACUUAUUAUAUAUCACCGUGGUAACUUACAUUUAAAAAACAAAACAUUGAAACCUACAAGUCAUGUUUGGUAAAUUAAAAAAAACAAUGUGUGGGUGUUUUUAAAAUGUUCGAGUUUAUAAAAAUCUUUUCCUUAUAUUAGAUCAUAAUGUGUAGUUUUCUGUUUGUAUUUUAUGUAGAGUAUAACAUUAACAUGGUCAACAUAAACUUAAGAGUAAAGUUUUAAAGGUAAUGUUUUGAAAAUUGAAGGCGGCUUAUCACAUUUUCAGUCAUCUUUUGAACAGUAAAUAGAAAUAGAAUAUUUGUCUCUUUGAAAACAAUCUCGAUUGUCUAGGGCCAUGAAUUGUUUGAUUUAACGUUACAUGUUUCCAUCCUGCCAUGGUUAAACAAUUGCUAUGUAUAGCAAAUAAGAUCUGAUUUUUUUUUUUUUAUUUGACUUGUCAAACAAUGUUUUCUCUUUCUUUUUUUAAAAUGAUAAAUUUGCAUUGUGACUGCAAACCUUUUAAUAUUUUUGCUAUUAGUUUUUAACUCAGAAUGCUAAUUUCAACAGCAAAUUUUAUUUAAAUCUACUGACCAGUGGUAUAUGGUGCCUAAUUGACAAUUUAAAGGCUUUUCACAUCUAGGUCUGGUUAUCAUAUCUGCAUUUUGAGUAACAGGUUCAGAUUUCUGUAUUGGUACCCUUAUUUUAAACUCAAGGAAGGCCACUUCCAUUUUUUGUUAGAGUGUUAACUGAACUUGGAUCAACUAUUUUAUUAUCCAAUUUAUCCAACAAGAAGUUGAGUACUGGACAGUUUUAGAAUUAAACAUCCAUCAUUAAUAAUGAAGGUUUUGCCUUUACAACCGAGGUAAUUGUGGUGUCAAUAAGUGUUCACUUUUUAUGGUGUUUGCCAGAAAUUAUUCAGCUAUUUAUUUGGUAGAUGAAAGGAUGGAUUUUGAAUCCAGCCAUUUUAAAGAAUGGGUUAUCUGCCUUGGUUUGUUGCCCCAAGUAAACCUGUGAUUAGAGGAACAACUGGAGAAAUACAAAUUUAAAAAAAAAUUAAAAAAAAUUCCUGCUCCAUGUCACUCAACAUACACAGGGACACUUCACAUUAUAUCAAUGUCUGACUUGCCAAGGUAUGGCCCUGUUAUUUUCUAGAAGCCUACAUAGAAUGACUUCAUCACUGUGUCUUGACUUUUGACAUGUCUAGCAAAUUUCAUUGAUAUUAGAACUUUAAAAAAAAAUAUUUUUUCUUUCCUUAAUCAGUUUAUACCACAUUAAAAAUAGAAGCUAAAGAGGAAAUACCUGACUGGCAACUCUGUAUGAAUGGUGUUUCAUCCCAAUGAAAGGCAUUACUGUCCUUUCAUGUUACAAGCAUUACUAUAGCUAUGAUGUCAAGGUUCCUCAGGGAUCCCACUUAUUGAGGUGUUUCAUCCCAAUGAAAGGCAUUACUGUCCUUUCAUGUUACAAGCAUUACUAUAGCUAUGAUGUCAAGGUUCCUCAGGGAUCCCACUUAUUGAGGUGUUUCAUCCCAAUGAAAGGCAUUACUGUCCUUUCAUGUUACAAGCAUUACUAUAGCUAUGAUGUCAAGGUUCCUCAGGGAUCCCACUUAUUGUGUGAUUGAGGUAAAAUAAGAGAGUUGAUCAGUAGCAAAAUGUGAACUUUCUUUCAUUAAUGAGAUUGGCUGUAUUUAAAAAUAAAUUAUGUUUGUAUUCUAGAAUUAAUGACUGCAGUACAUGCAUUUGGUCAUAGACAAAACUGUUUAUUGUUGAUGGUCACAUAUUUAUGAGUUGAUAUUUAAGUGGGAUUUAGUCAUUGCAUUCAGGUAUCAUAUACAUGUACCACUAAGAUCAGAAAUAGCCAACCCCUGUUGAUCUGAAUAUGUUGAUCUCUGAAAAUCAUUUGUUUCAAUUUAUGUUUCUUAUGCUGAGCCAAAUUCUUUUUUUUAAAACUCUAUUAAGUUCAACAAUACAAUUAUAAAGCUUUAAUUUAAAAAAAAUUAUAUUACUGAAUCUAAAAAAUUGAAAUCUUUCUUCAUUUUCUGUCAUUAAUCAUGAACAAAAUAUUGACUGCUAUCAGUUUCUAAAUGAACUGUUGUAUAUUUCCCUCGAGUGAAUUGUCGAGAACUUGUUUAGCAUUGGUUCAUGCAAAGAAUACAAAAGUUAGUUAAAUGAAAAAAUUCUCGAAAAUUUAGUUGAGAAUUGCAAUUAAAACAGUUUUAAAAUUGCUGGUAAUUGCCGUGACUGUUAAAAAGCUAGAUCUAUUGAAAAUGUAAUGUCCUCUAUUGGUUUGCCUGUUUGAGUGUUGUUGUUACUUACCAGUUGUUCAUAUAACUAAUAACUGCAUGCUUGUGUGCCAACAGUUAAUGUACAGUACCGGGUACAGAUAAGGAGCCUGUCAUUUAGUCAUCAAAAUAAACUACAUAUCAUUUCUUACCAACUCAAAGAUUUCAGUUAUAUUGUCC